AUGCCAUCUGCGACCAAAUUCCAUCGAUUCAAACGUAAAAACUUCCAGGGCCUUGUUUAUUGCGACUAUUGCGAAAAACUACUCUGGGGUCUAGCGCGCCAAGGUGUUCACUGCAUUGAAUGCGGAUAUAAUUGUCACGAAGAAUGCAGUAAAAUGGUUGUUCAGUGUCGACCGCCUCGUCGAAUCAGUCCGGACUCACUUUCAGUAACGGAUUCCGAAGCGGAAUCGUUAUCAAAAUACACUUCCCCACGGGGUUCUAUGCACCAGGACGACAUUUUUUUACAACAUGCCAGCAGCAAUCAUAGCCAUAGCAACCACCAUAACAACAAAAAGCGAACACCGCCUGCUGUAGACACAACAACUGAAGCUUUACGUUCACCCACCUUUUCAACCGCUACUUCCAACACUACUACCACCCUUAACAACAACAACAACAACGACCACGCACAUCGACCUUCUCCUACCCUCAGCAGUUCCGUCAAAGCCUACCGAAAAUCCCUCAAGCAACACGUCCAAAACACCAUCGUCCAGGCCGUUCCAGUGACAUCGAAAAUCGUCAGCAAUAACCAAUACGGUGUGCUGAGUCCCCAGACCACUGCAAAAGCAUUUGCUCGAUCUACCACCACCGCCUCGCAAGCACUGACGCCUCGCUACGAUGAGAACUCGCCCGAAUACUAUGCCAACUUGGAACGCACACAACAGAGCAUGCUGUUCCUGAUCCGCAUCUAUGACAACAUUGCCUACCAUCUCGGUCACAUUUGGCUGUCGCCCGGAUCGUAUCGUCUACUUGCUGCGGGCGCCAUGGCAACAUCAGUGGUGUUCUGGGUACUCGGUCGCUGGGUUAUCAUGCUGAUCGGUCUGGUGAUCUUGGUCAACAAGACUUGGGUUGGCUCGACCGCCGAAGUCUGUAUGCAGUUUCUGCUCGAAUUAAUGCAGACCGCUAUGGACGUUCUACACAAACUGGUGUUUGCUACGUUUGCCACUCGAAAGACGUCGUCGUUGUCCUCUUUGUCAUCUAAGCCUGUGGAGGUUUCAGUGUAUGAAAAUCAACGAUGGUGGGCUGGCAGUGGCUAUACUUCUCAGCUGCUGCGCUCGGAACGCGCUGGGUGGUCCAACUUGACUGGUUCAGAGCCCUUGCCAGGCAAGGACGAGAUGCCUGCGCCAGCAAGCUAUGAGUGGGGCGAAACUGGCUGGGAAUUGGACAUCACAGGGCCAUGGACGGAUGAACAGCUUGGAAUAGGUAAGCUUUAA